AUGACCGAAUUUGUUGGCUCUCACACCGCAUCUAUCCAAAAGUUAGAGAUGCAGAUGAGAGACCUUUCAAGAGAGCAAAACCCAAAGAAAAAAUGGCAACUUCCUAGUGAUACCAUUGCGAACCCGAAGAGUGGUGGAAGUGGCUCAACUUCUCACAUCAUGGAAAUAACUACUAGAAGUGGGAAGGUUUUACAAGGUGACAUUGAGCAAGAGGUUGUUGGGGAAGAAGCCGAACAAGAAGUUGAAGCAGAAGAGCAAGGGGUUGUUGAAGUUGAAAGUGUGCCGGAAAAAGAGAAGGUGCAAGAAGUGAACCAAGAAGGGGUGAAGGAAAAGGAUAAGGAGACAUCAAAAGCUCCACCUCCUAUUCCUAGACCUCCUCCGCCUUUUCCUCAAAGAAUUAUUAGAAGGGUUGAUGAUAGCAAGCUUGAGAAAUUCUAUGAUAUUCUAAAGCAAUUGUCGGUGAACAUUCCAUUCUUGGAGGCUUUUCAAGAAAUGCCAGGGUUUGCCAAAUAUUUGAAGGAUUUGAUCACCAAAAAGAGGACCACAAAGAAUGAGGUGGUAAACAUGACUCACCGGGUUAGCUCUAUUCUUGCCACAAGCCCUGUCCAAAAGAAAAAGGACCCGGGAGCAUUUACUAUUCCAUGCACUAUCGGGGAGCGUGACUUUGCAAAAGCCCUUUGUGACAAUGGGGCUAGCAUCAACUUGAUGCCACUUGCCAUCUACAAGCAAACGGGAUUAGGGAUGCCGAGGCCAACAAGCAUGAGGUUACAAAUGGCCGAUCGAUCUAUUAAGCGACCGGUAGGAAUUGUUGAUGAUGUGAUUGUGAAAGUUGGAAAAUUCCAUUUACCCACCGACUUUGUAAUUCUUGACUCUGCUAUUGAUAAAGAGAUACCUAUCAUCUUGGGGAGACCAUUCCUAGCCACGGGAAGAGCACUCAUGGAUUCAAAGCGAAAUGAAAUUAAGUUCCGGGUGAAUGAUGAAGAAGUCACAUUUCAAGCGAGAAAGGGUAUGAAAUUACCCAAUGAGUAUGAGAGCAUUUCAGUGAUAGAUGUGGUUGAUGAGGUUGAAGAUACCGUCGAAUUGAAAAUGGAAGAACAAUGCCUUGGUGAGGCAUUGGCGGCUAUCUUGGUAAACUUUGAUGGUGAGGACAUGGAUGGGUACAUGGAGUCGGUAAACCAAUUGUUGGAAGUCUUGAAAGAACAUAGGCAAGCUAUUGGAUGGACCAUUACGGAUAUUCGUGGAAUCCCCGCAGGAAUUUAUGAACAUAAAAUCCAAUUGUAG